UGUAGGUGUCUCCGCGGCUGCCGGUGUUGAAUUGGCCACUUUCUGUCGCGGUCCAGGGGAUCUGUAACCAUGCAUUUCGGUCUUGUGGACGGGUGCUAAAUGAUUGCGUCGAAUGUCAUUCGUAAAUAACUGGAUCCCUGGUGUGAGGAGGAGUGUGUGGCCCAUGUUGCUCUAGGAGUGACUGAGUGUGUGUGUGUGUGAGUGUGGGUGUGUGUGUGUGUGUGUGUGAGUGAGUGUGUGAGUGUGUGUGUGUGUAUGAGAUGCUGGCCUGUCUGCCAGGGCCAGGUGAUCUCUCCCUUCAGCUCCACCCCCACUCGCAGAUGAACACUGGACUUCAGAAAUGGGACACUCCACAAAGGAUGAGAUCUGCUCAGUAUCCAACCCCUGCGGAAUUGGAUGCAUAUGCUAAAAAGGUUGCCAACAGUCCACUCACCAUCAAGAUCUUCCCCAACAGCAUCAAAGUACCUCAGCGGAACCACGUUCGUCGCACAGUCAACGGACUCGAUACCGCUGGCCCCCGAUACAGUCCCUACCCCUCCUCUCAGGCCACUGCCAAGACCGGUCUCCUUGCCAUCGUUAAAGUGCCCCUCGUCAAGGGUGUCAUCAAGGACUUCGACGGCACACGCGCACGUCUGCACCCGGAGGUGAUAAUGAAUGCCGCAGGUGGCCCUUAUGCAGCCACCUCGGCCAGCACUUUAAACCUGCACCACCCAUUACAGGGGCCUCCCAGAGCAUCCCAGAAUCUGCAGGGGCUUCCUCCACACCCUCAGAAUCUCCAAACUUUGCAACAGCCUGGGCCUCCACACCAAGGACUCAGACACCGACCUUCCUCCUCCAUGCCACAGCAACCCCAGGGCCUUCCCAGACCCCAGACUCUGUCCCACGCGCCUGCUUUAGGCCACCCUGGUGCCCACCAACCUUCAGCAAUCCUGCUUCCUCAGCAGCACCUACAGAACCCCCCUGCAAGCCUGCAGGUGGGUCCUCGGAAGUUGCCGGUUGCAGACGCCCCUCCUAACGUGACUGUUUCUACCUCAACCAUUCCAUUAUCCAUGGCCGGAGGGCUCCACCAGGGCCGUCAGGCAGACUUAAACAGCAUAGUGCACCAGAUAAGCCAGUUCUGCCAGACUAGGGCUCAGGGCGCCAGUGCCACGUCAAUGUGUGAAGGGCAGAUCGCCAACCCCAGUCCCAUUAGUCGAAAUCUACUCAUCAACGCCAGUUCUCGAGUCUCGGUGCAUGCGGGAAACCCUAAUGCGCUUGCUCCCGGCCUCAUGCACCCAUCGUGUGCUAUUGGACCUCCUGAUAAAAUGACUGCUUCUGCGCCAGUGAGUGCAAUGCCUCCGCAUAACAUGGCCACGAUGAACCACAUGUAUCACAGCGAUAUAAAACAACAGCACCUACAACAUCAAAGCCAUCAAACGCAGCGAAAUCCCCAACAGCCGCAGAUGAGGUCCUGGACUCAGCAUCAGCUCGCUCACCUUCAGCACAUCUCGGAAGGGGGCGGACACCCCUGCAAACCCCCGAAUCGUGACCCUGGCCUCCCUUGCAAGGGCAUUACCUAUCCCCCAGAAAUGGGCAUGGGGCAGCCUUAUGCCAUGAAACCCUCCAGCCCCUCGCUGCCACUUGCCAACAACAGCAACAAUGCAAUGCCCCCAGGAGCGGUGACACACUAUACCAACGGGCAGUACUACCACCAGCCACCGGUGUGGGGUAGUAUUCUUCCCACGCCCAACAGCGACAGCUCCGGCUCACAGGACCUCCCCAUGCCCUUCCAUGGCACUGGCACAGGCAAUACCAACCCCACCCCAGGGAUGGACUGUGCCCCCGCGGGAGGAGCGGCCCAUUACCGAUUAGUAGGGGGUGCCUUAAUAGGGCAGACUAAUCUGAUGCAAACGGCAGAUUGCAUGGGAGGGGACUUCCAGCCGCCCUGCUUCCGAGAUCAGAAUCUCAUCCUGAUGGGGAAAAUGCACAGGCCACCCCCUAUGGGCCGGGUAGUGGUCCCCCCCUCUGAGACGCAAGGCCAGCACCCAGGGUACAGAUAAGCUUCAGCCCACAAGCCUCAGACACAGUCUCUCCUCAGUGAAGUCAGCCACACACGUGUGUCCUCGACACCUCCUGUUAGUCUUAAUGAAAUGACAUUACGAGAGGAACUAAAUGAGCUCAAAAUCUCAAGGAUGAUUGUUGAUGAAACUAAGAAAAAAAGAAUACAAACAUGUCUAAUGAAGAGCAGUGUUUUGUGCUAUUUAUCUUGCAAGUGAUCAAUUUUUUUUCUUUUAACAAGUGCUUUUUUAAGGCACUAAAGGGAUUUAUUUCCCACUUCUGUCUUAUCUAUCUCCAGUUACCCGGAUCUCAAGUGCUCCUGGCUUAUUUAUGAACGUCUUUCUUGUGUUAGUGCUAGCAGCUUACGUUAUUGAAAUAUAUUGAAAAUAAUAUAUAUGUCUUGUGAAAUACAUCACUUCUAAACUGAGGGCACCAGGCCUUCUGUUCAUUGGACAACCAACUUGCUUUCAUUUGACAGAUCUUUGUUUUGAGCCCGUCUUAUAACAUCAAGAUGGCUGACAGACUCGGAGCACUUCCCUCUUCAGCAUGACACGUUCUUAGUCCUUUCUUUCUUUUUUUCCUGUGUCUGAGCUAUGCGGGAAUAUGCCAGUCACUGGUCCUUUCAGACUGUUUCUAGGUGAAAGCUCUUGACGUGGGUUUCCAAACGAGAAGAGCUACAGAUGUUUUAAUGUUAAAGCUGUGCCAUUUUUGUUUUACCUGAUCAUUAUGCUCCCCUUAUUUCUUAACACAUGAGAAACUACUACUUGAAUUGUAUAGAUGAGUUGUGCCGUUUCAGGUGGGUCGUGUGUGUGGUUUAGCUGUACGUGGGUUUGCAGGACUAAACAUACUACUGAAGGUGGUGUCUGUAGGCUUGUUAUUAAUAUUAUGAUGUAGAAACUAUGUACCAAAUCAAGGGUUUAUGAUCCUGCGUUUUCUAGUUCAUCCUUUAUAAUAAUGUAAAGUAGGAGUUGCUACUGAUUCUUUUGUGAAGUGUGCUUGAAUUGACCAAAUUGAUCACUUGCAAGAUCAUCUGUGGUUAAAUUAAGGACUUUUUAAAAGAAAAAAGUCAAAAAGGUGAAACAGCAGGUGAAUUGCUUAUUUUAUUGUACACUGGCUUAUCUACUGUACUGCUGUAACUUUAAAGAAGUGUAAUAACUGUGUAUGAAUGUGGCUGCAUAUGAAUAUGGGUUCACAGAUUUGGUGUGCAUGUGUUGAGUGCAGGUGUGUAUGGGCAUGUGUGUGUGAUGGUGGAUGGGGUGUGUGUGUUGGUGGGUCAGUUUGUCUUGACUCGCUGUUGGUUUGCCUCCCCUCAACAGCCCUCAUGAAGCCUUAAGUAUUUGGUCCUUGGACUUUCCUUUGACAACAAGCAUGAUUCUAAUAAAGGUAUAAUGAAUUCUGAUUUUGAAAAAUAGACUAUAAAGGAACAGCAUUUUUCCUCAUUUAUUUUUAUUAACUCAAGCUUUUGUUGAAUAGAAAAGCAAUUCUUUAGAAUUACUUUAUAAUGUAAACGAAGAAAUAAAAAAUAUUUUAUCGUCAUUGUUUUAUAGCUGUGUGUAGUUCUGGGCUGUAACAAAAUCUUUUUAUUCCACGUUUCAAAGCUUCAGUUUUGCAAUUUGUGCCAUUUAUAAUUCUGAACUAGAUUUUUUUUCCUCUAUUUAAAUCUUUUUUUUUUUUUUCGUUUUUUUUUCGUGUUUUCGUUUUGCAAUUGCUGUGAAAUUGGAGGAAGCUUCUAGAAGCCUUUCUCAUAUCUGUCACUCUGUGGCUGUCAAUUGAAUGCGUGGGAAGAAUCUGAAGAGCGUGAGAGUUGUGCUACUCUUUUUUUGUAAUAUUGUAAUAAUAAAAUAAAGUUCUAAUUUAUGCUUUCAUGUAUGACUCCGUUUCAGUUUA